AUGAAAGCCGAUUUUCGAAUCUAUGAAAAUGUCGAAAAGCUUUCUUCACCAGUGAAAUCACUGCUUGCUGGUUUUCAUGUCGCCCAGCAGGCACUGCUCGACAUGAUUAAUGACUUGACGCUGCGUACCACUCGUCGUGUGCCGAUUACUGAUCCCACCCAUCGCCAAGUACUUGGCCGACUUAGACCUCAACUGCCUGAGUUUGAGGCACAGCAUCGCGUUCAGAUACAUUUGCAACUGUCUGGGCUCGGAGCACAGGGUGCUUAUAAUGAUUCUGACGGCCCACAUCAAAACGACGCUGAACAUUCUGAUACCGGUCAAAAUUACGGCUAUCUGGUUCUGACUGGUCGGCCGGAUUGCAUUGAAGCCUGUCUUGAAUCGGAAAUCUUGCCACUUCUUCCAGUUCACGAAACCUUCCCCAUGGCUGUCGAAUUCCAUCGCAAUCUACUUUCGCCUCCCGCCCCUACAGAGGCACAAAAUCGUAUCAAUAGUGGAAAGUUGCUGGCUUCUGGAAGCCGAGGUGGGGGGACAUCUAAUCGAAGAGGCUUUGGGGCUAGGGGUGAGGCUUUAGUUAGCGGUCGUCAGAAAUUUCAGCAACAGCAAUCGGUUCGGGGCCAACAAUAUCAGAAACAGCAGACCACUGCUAGCCAGCCUGUUAACAAGCAGCCGGAGGAUGACAGCGAGGAGCCUGAUGAGCUACUGAGAAAAGUAGAUAUACUGCGCAGGAAAUAUGGGGUACAUGUCUCACCUACCUCAGUUUCGUUAUUAUAA